ACACCAAGUGGAAAAGGCCUCCGUUCCAUAAGACCCAUCGGCAGAGAGCGAGCCAUUCGAACCACCCCGACCCCGACCCGUCUCCUCCCCAUCGCCCCCUCGUCCGCCCGCCGCCGCCGCCCGCCAUGUGGAAGCGCGCCGCCGCACUCCUCCUCGCCCGCCGCUCGGCCCUCGCCGCGCGCCGCGCUCCGGCGAUCUCGGGAUCCGCCGCGGGCGCCCUCCGCCGCGCGCCCGCCUUCUUCUCCACCCUCGAUGCGGGGCAGGCGAGGAUGCGGGUGGAGGACGUGAUGCCGAUCGCCACGGGGCACGAGCGCGAGGAGAUCGAGGCCGAGCUCCAGGGAAAGAAGCGGUUUGACAUGGACGCCCCCGUCGGCCCAUUCGGCACCAAGGAAGAGCCAGCUAUCAUUCAGUCACACUUUGACAAGAGGAUUGUUGGUUGCCCUGGUGGUGAAGGAGAGGAUGAGCAUGAUGUUGUGUGGUUUUGGUUGAAGAAAGGCGAGCCGCAUGAAUGCCCAGUCUGCACUCAGUAUUUCAAGCUUGAGGUUAUUGGGAACGGAGGAAACCCCGACGGACAUGAUGACGACGACGACCACCACCACCAUUAAGAUCGAAGAGGGCAUGUCUACUGAUGAAACAGUGGACCGGUGCCAAUUAUUUUUGUUGCUGAGAUGCUUUGAAGCUGUGAAAAACACCAGCUUUUCUGCGUGCCCAUAGAGUUUAAUACCCAUGCCAACCAGUUUGCUGUUCUCAGUUGUCAUGACUGGGAAAUCGGAGCAGCAAAGGGCCCUGGAAACAUAGUUUUUCUUUUCUUUUUGGAGAAUUGCCGCACACGAAUAAUGUGAUUCAUUAAACAAACAGUGACGUCUCUUUCGUUUUCGACUUGCCUUUCAUCCAGUCAAUAAGGUUUUAAUUGCA